AUGGCGGGGCCCUCCGUUCGGCUGCGGCGCGCCAUCCACGCCAAUGACCCCCUCCUGGUCAAGCGCAUCCUCAAGUCCCACCCGGGCCUCCUCCACAACCCCGACCACUCGGUCGCCGGCCUCUCCAACUCGAACCUGCACCUCGCCGCCUCUCUUGGCCACCUCCAGAUCUCCAAGCUUCUCGUAUCGUUGGGCCACGAGGACCCCUACCCGGCCCUCAACGACAACCACCAGACGGCGCUAAUGCUGGCCUCGGCCGCCGGCCACACCGAAGUCGUGCACCUCCUCUGCGAGCGAUACCCCUCCACCAUAUCCCGCCGCGACGCCCGCCUCCGCGACGCCAUCAUGGAGGCCAGCCUGGGCGGCCACGACACGGUGCUGCAGAUCCUGCUGACCUACGUGCCCGGCGGCGCCACCGAGGCCGUCCAGCACGCCGACAUGGACGGGAACACGGCCCUGCACUUUGCGAGCAGCAACGGCCACCUGCUGGUGCUGCGCACCCUGCUAGCCGCCGGCGCAGACGCCGGCCGCAAGAACAUCUGGAGCUGGACCGCCGUGGCCUACAGUGCGACCGUGCAGGCCGAGGUGUAUCUCAAGAGCUUGGUGGCCGAGGUGGAGAAGCGUCUCCAGGGUAGGAGUCGCCUGGGGGACUUGCGGAGGGGCACUGGCCUGAGGAUGGUCGAGGGAGGAACCGACGUCGCCGACUGA